AUGGUGCACGGUGGACAAGUUCAGCCCGAGAAGAGAAGUUUUGAUAUUUUAUCUGUAGCAACGGAGAGAAUGGUUAGAUUUUUUAGUGAUAAGGGAAAAGGGAAAAGGUCGAGUAGUGAAGCUAGUAGCGAGGAGGUUGAAGAAGAAAUGAGUCUUAGGGCAACAAAAAGCUUUUCCUUGCGUAAACGGAAACUUGCCGAGCACGCGAGUCAAAACCAGCAACAAAACCCUAAUCGUGUUGCUUCUUCUUCAAGUUCGUACCACGUUGCGUCCAAGAGGCGUCUCGUGGUACCCAACGAACCCGUUAGGGAAAUAGAGCCAGUUAGGGAAAGAGAAGCACCGGCUAGAAAAAGAAAGCCGGUUAUAAGAGAGGUGGUGGUUAGAGAGAGGCCGGAGGAAACGCCGGAAUGGCUUGUCAACUUGAUGAGAGAAGAGAACGGUUUCGAUGCGAAGCUGAUAAUCGAAAAGGAACUUACUGCAACUGAUAUUGCCAAACACCAAAACCGUCUCUUGAUUCCGUUGAACAUGAUAGUGGAAGAGGACUUUUUGAACGAGGAAGAGAUGAGGUUCAUAACGGAUCAUCGCCUCAAGAGGCGUGUCAAAGGAGUUGAUGUCAUCUUUGUUGGGUUUGAGGGUCAAAAGUGCGAGCUUAACUUUAGGAGAUGGGAUAUGAAAAGCUCUGCCAAUUACGUCUUGAUUUCCGGAUGGCACAAUGCAGCCACAAAGAGGAAGACGAGAAGCCGUCGAGUUUGGGUUUCACCCCCGGAUCUGGCUACUAGAGAUUGUGACCACGACGACCAAAGGAGGCGCGAGGAUCCGGACCUUUAUAUAUUGGCAAUGUAUUGCGACUAG